AUUUAAAUAGUUUAAUUCAGAAACGUUAUUUGCAUUACAUUAACUGUUUUAACACCUGAUACACGGACGUAAUAUAUUGUCUUCAAUUAUAAUAUUUAUCAAUUUAAAAAAUAUCGUUGAAACCGCCUUUGGGAUUAUCUGAUAAGAGCCGUUUGCCUAAAUUAAACAUUACCAUCAAUCCAAGCGUUGUAAUCAUAUUUGGAACAUAAAAUUUCGAUGACUAAACGUAAGUACGCUCAGCAUCAUUAUGGAGGUUACGGAUGACGAGCGCGAGGAUUGUCGAGUGGUAAAUAAACAGGUAGAGCGAGCGAUUGGGAAAACCGUUACUCAUACACGUGAUGAGCACGCCGUAUACUUGACGUUGGAAAAUACCCGUGAAGACCACCCGUUGUUGAUCGAAAGUGAAAGUCAAGAUACAAGUAUAAAUAUGUUAAAACAUCAAAUUCUGACAAAAACUGUAUAACAGUUUCUACAGGCGACAUUGAAAUACAAACUUCUCGUUCAUCAACGGAUUGUUCAGUAGAUAAUAUUUGUACAGUGAACGAUAUAGAAAUGAAAACAAUCAACAUGGUUGUUUGCCUUGAUCCCGAAGAUAAGGACAGUCAAAUACACGAUGGGCCAAUAUGGAAUUCUAAAACUAUAAAACCAUUACGUGACGAUGAAAAUACAACAACAAAGCUAAUAGAAAAACUGUGUGACAACUGAUGCAACGACGUUAUAUGUGAGGACUAAUAUAGAAGAUGCAAUCGAUGAGUGCAGGAACGGAGUGAACAAUAAAGAGGCAACAUAUGAUUUAGAUGAGGUUGAUGGUUUGAGAAGAGUUGUAAAACAAACAGUUGAAACGUUGAUCUCAUGCGCGUCUAGUAAAGAGAUGACAGUGGAUGAAGACAAUCGACCGUUCGAAAAAGCAACUAAAGAGAACGCCCAUGAACACGGUGCUGUUACGUCUGUUAAACGUCCCAUGUACGAUAAAGACAUAGAAAUUAAAACGCGUGUAACAGCUGUACUUGAAAAAGUUGAGAUGGUGAGCCAAUGCAAUGUCAGUAUAAAAGAAUCCUGCAACCAAGCUUCUACAGUGUUCACUUCAGAAUUAACUGAAGACAAGACAGAAAAAUGUCGAUUUUCAUUACCAUCAAAGGGCGAGGAAAAAGUGAACAGUUUUGAACAAAUAAGUCAAAAAUCAAAUGCAAUUUGUACUAAAAAUGACAUUUUACUUGUUGACCCAUACGAUUUCAGUCGCAGUCACCAAGGCUACAUGGUCAUAAUUGUCAAUCAAACGUUCAAGCAUCAAGCAUUCAGGGAUGGUGCAUUCAAAGAUAUUGAGUAUUUAUAUAAUAUUGCUUAUAAACUUGGCUUAAACGUCUACAAAGGUCAAAAUACAAAUCUGUCUUUAUCUGAAACACUGCAACUGCUCGAAAAUGUGAGGACUCUCGACCAUUCGCAUUGUAACAUGCUUGCCGUCGCGUUUAGCACACACGGGUUGGAGCAACCGAAUCCCAAAGCUAAAGGAAAGAGUGACCAUGCCCUUGUGUGCGCCGACGACAGACUGAUUUUUACCAGCACAGUUACUGAAAUAUUCAACGACGACAAUUGCCCUUCUUUGAAAGACAAACCGAAAUUAUUUAUAAUCCAAGCCUGUAGAGGUGAAGAGCAUGACAAUGGUGCUGACCUUUGGGUGACAAAAAAGACCGGAGUCGAUCGAACUUGUGGUGGUUACGCAGACAACUGUUGGCAGACAUCUCUUGAAACCCCUGACGUGCACUUUACCAAUGACAGCUGGGCUGGCGGCCCUGACAACCAAGGUCAAUCUGCACAUCUCCUUGACGACCAUACAAUUACACCCGGAAAUGAAUCAUCCGCUUUACCCAUGGUUACUCAGAUACAAUCGGCUCAGCUCCUUCGGGCACCUCUUCGGUCAAGUCCCAAACUUAAACCAUUCCCCUUGGUUGACACACCGUCUCUGAAGUGCGAGAACGAUCAACUAAUCUUCUACGCCAUACCCCCGGGCAUGUUUGCGUGGCGGAACACAGAGGACGGCUCCUGGAUGCUGUAUUACCUAAACAAUCUUAUUGAGAUGUGUGAUGAGAGACGGCCUAUUAAUAUGCUAAAAUUGUUGUUAAAAGUGAACGCCGAGAUGGCUCUGAGGACUACAAACGUCCCUUCUGAUAAAAAUCUCGAUAGAAAGAAGGCUAUAUCUGUUGUCGAACACAAACUAACUCGGGACUUGAUCUUUCCGUCACGAGUGAAAUGAUUAUAUAAAACCUAUUAUGUGAUCCGGUAAUAGUUUAAGAUUAUCGCAAUUUAGUUAUGUUGAUCUGUUAUUGAAACGCACUAUUAAAAUUGUUCUCAAAAGUUUGUAUAUAACAAAUAUCCA